UCUCGACGCGGAACAGAAGGCUCUCUCUCCAACAGCACCGCACCGCGCAGCGCACAGGACCCCCCCCCCCACACACGUUUUUACGCAUGGCUCUGGCUUUGCGCAAAAGCGCGAUUGUGGCACUGCAUCCGAAAGGCAAACUGGUGGGAUUUUAACAAAAUGAGACAGAGCAACAAGAACCUGAAACGUUUUUAAGGAUUUGUUUUGAAGACGUUUGUCUCCUUGUGCCGGUGAUGAUCUUUACGAGCAUUACAGGAUUUCUUCCACUUGCCGUGUAACCGUCCUGCUGAAGGCUGCGUGGGUCCGACGCUUCAUCUGAAACUCGCAUUUCACAGAGAUGGAUCUGUGGGGAGUUUAUCUGUUUCAUCUCAUAACUUUAGCUCUAUUGGAGGUCGUACUGGCCGGCAGAGACUGCUUGGUGGCCGGAGACUCCUGCUCGAGCGAUGAGACCUGCAGUCCGCGUCUGAGGACUCUGCGGCAGUGUGUGGCCGGCAACGGCAGCGUGAAGCUGGGGCCCGGCGCCAGGAGCCAGUGUGCCAAUGCGGUGUCCGCCCUGCUGUCCAGCCCCUUGCACGGCUGCCAGUGCAAACGGGGCAUGAAGAAGGAGAAGAACUGCUUGAGCAUCUACUGGAGCCUUCAUCAGUCCAUCAUUCAUGGGCUCAACCUGGUGGAGCGUUAUCCCUACCAGACAGUGCACAAGGAUUACGACUACGUCCGCUUGGCCUCUAUUACAGCUGACUUGGAUGUUGGCAUGACAACUGUGAAUCGCUGCCUGGAUGCGGCCAAGGCCUGCAACGUGGACGACUUGUGCCAGAAGCUGCGCACGGACUAUGUCUCGGCUUGCAUCAAACCCACUGCCAAGUCCGGCCUGUGCAACCGGCCUAAAUGCAACAAGGCUCUGCGCAGGUUUUUCGAUCGCGUCCCGGCCGACUACACUCACGAGCUGCUCUUCUGCCCCUGCACGGACACGGCCUGCGCGGAGCGCCGAAGGCAGACCAUCGUGCCCAGUUGCUCCUACGAGAGCGGGGAGAAACCCAACUGCCUCACACAGAUGAGGAUCUGCAACGCGGACUACGUGUGCAGGUCUCGCCUGGCACAGUUUCAGUACGACUGCGAACCAUCCGAAACGUCUGCCAAUGGCUGCAAGCAAGGGAACUACGGAGCCUGUCUCCUCGCCUACACAGGCCUCAUAGGAAGCACAAUAACUCCCAACUAUGGGGACAACUCGACGUCCAGCGUGGCUCCGUGGUGCUCCUGCUCGGCCAGCGGGAGCCGGAGGGAAGACUGUGAUCGCUUCCUGGGACACUUCAAUGACAACGUCUGUCUCCGGAAUGCUCUCAUGGCGUUUGGAAGUGAGUCAGACCAGCUGCCGACUGUCAUCCAGUCCAGUACACCCGUCCCCAGCCCCGGCAGCAGAGAACACAGGAACACCGCCUCUCCACCCGACUCCAUAGAAACCAUGAAGAACAUUCUGGAUUCCAUAAUACCAACACAGGCACUAGGAAAUGAACUACUAGUGGGCCAAUCCACCCUGUCGUCCAACAGCCACUCAAACUCUGCUUCACCUCCCAGCGCGUGGCUUCAAGCUGCCUUCAGCCUUCUGUUGUUGCUCCUUCAUCUGCUCCACAAUAGACACUAAAGACUGAAGGGGAGCGUGCUGAGGACCUUCCUAGUACCAAGCAGAUGGGAGGACUGGUCGGUUCAGAGGAAAAUUGGACCGUGCGGCAUUACUGCUCCAGCUAAACAGCGAUUCUGUUUCUCUAUUUUUGUGUCUAAGUGGGCCGGUCCCGCCUGCCGGUGUUCUCACUUCCGCAGGCCCAGGCCAGUCUGUACAUUUGUACAUUGUCGUUGCGAUCGAGUCAAGUCGAAAUGAAGUCAGAGUGUCGCUUUCGUGGAAUAACGCAGCUCUAUGCUUUCCAACUGUAUCCAUUUCCAAGAGUUAUUGUGAAAACAUACUGCAGACAUGUAUGAUACAAAGACAUGAAGUAGGUCAGCCCCCUUGACGAAUUGUAUUGUCACAACAGAAGCUCUUAUUUGAAAUAGUGGGAGGGAGAAAACUGGUUGGAGUAAACCAGUGAACUUUGUGUCUUCUCUGUUUUCAGCAAACAGAACGAUUGGGCGGCCUCUGGAGAAUAUGGGGCUUUAACAUCACUCUCUUCACGAGCCCGAAAGAGAAACCCCCUUUUCUGACAGAUACAGGGAUUGUAGAGGGACAGAGCAGAGCUCCUUUUUGCUCAGAGAUCCACGACAUAAAUAUUACGAUUCUCACGUGUCCAGCAGAAAAUGUCUUCAAAGGACGAGGCAAACAGACAAACAACAAAAGAUAGACCUAAUCAUUCAUUGUCCCGUCCAUCAAGAUGGUUGCCCUCGCUCAAAAUAUCUCAUGCCACUUUAUCGGUCAUUGCUAAAAGCUUCAGUGGGCGUUUUUAGACACACUCCUGGAUCCUGAUCAGCAAAGACGAGCUCUCGGAGUGGAGAGAAAUCAGAAGAGCAGUAACUUUCUUACCUGUAGCUGCUGUACUAUGUGUUUGUGAGCGUAAUAGCCUUUUGUUUCUCGCUGUGUCGUCGCUGCGGGGCUCUGAGUGUUUGUGGCGCCGAGGGAAGUGAAUCAUUUGACUCAUCUAGUGAUGCCAACUGCAGUACGGAGCCCGUUGGGAAUUAGACAGUUAUGAAUGAUUCGGUAUUUUUUAUGUUGUGGGGACGUGUCAGUGAAUUUUCAAGAGGACCAGAGGUGAUGCAAAUAAAAAGUUCCCAGAUCAUCAUGUUUACACAUGUCCAAUGCUUUGUUCGGUGUGGCUGAAGUAUUUCCUCUCCACUAAAAGUGACCUCCGGGGUAAUUCGUAGUGCGUUAUUUAAAACGACAACAUAAAUGGAUUUACAGCUUAAUUACCUAAUUUAUGACUGAAGAUCUCCUCUUUAACUGAUCGGUCUCACCAACAGCUCAUCCGCCACCUUACCUUUUCUGGACAAUUUAGUUGUUUCAGUCCAAAAGAAACAUUUCAACCCCUGAAGCCGUGCCGCAUUAUACGGCACAAGCACCAUGUGUGAUCAAAUGAAAAUGUAUCUUGUACGACGACUUCAAUUAUUUUUUUGCAUUAUCUACUCUGCAGCACAUACAGGCAGGCAGCAAACACGAUAAUGGAAUUAUGAAAUGGAGUAGCACAAAGAGCUGUCAGUUCCACUUGUUUCUGUUGACAUACAGAAGGUAAAGUGACGUCUUUAAGUGGCUAAUUUCUGCUGACAUUCACCCUCAACCCUCUACUGUUUCACGGUUGACAUUUUGUCUUUGUCUGCUGGAAAGAAACAAUUAACCCUACUGAGGUCUGAAUAAUUUGAGCCUGAUAACACAGGAUGAUAUGAUUAUCUUUCUGUUGUGCUGUUAAAUGUGAGGUGGAGAACUAACAGCGCUGUCAAGGAUCAGCAAAUUGUAAAAGGACGGUUAGUCAAAUUAGAAUCCAAUUUUAAAAAAUGGCAAGCUUAAAGGACAACGCAAGUAUCUAAAACCCAGAAAGCUGAAUUUAGAUACAUAGAAAAAGUCUGCUUGGUUCACAGCCGAUAUAAUGCUCACAUACCAUGUUGAGACAUCUACGUAAUUCUGUAAUUUGUAUUUGACAAAUGUAGGUGAGGUUUGACAAUGUUUCCCAAAAUAUGGAAUGCAGCAGAAAUACCCGAACCAGUGGCCCCGCAGAGCUACCAUCCCAAAAAAAUGCUGAUGCACAUCUGGACAAAAGAGACUAUGGUCGUAGGUGUGAAACCUUUUAGUGGAGCUACUUGCAAGCAACUCACCUCCAUCUUAACAAUGAAAGCAAUUAUCAUCCCACUCUGACGUUUUCUAGUUGUUGUAAAGUUAAUGGCAACAUGCAAAUAAUCCAAAUAAUGAAAUGAAUAAAACGCAUCUGUCUUGGAAAAAUAGUUGCCGGCGUACAUUCCAUAGCAGUAUGCCUCUAGAUGUGCAGCCGGCCAGAGGGCCUAUUUUAAUGUGAACAUUGUUAUUUAUUAAUAAAUGACUACAAAAAACU